AUGUCAAAUAACGUCAGUAACAAACGACCUGGCGGUGGUGAUCAGCCUAUGGAAGAAGAAGGAUCACAAAACUCGGGCGGAUCACGGCAUUCGGGCUCGCAGUAUUCCAGAAGCUACAGUGGCAGUGGUUCGUACCGAAGUGGAUCUUAUCAAUCCAGAGGCAGUGGAUCGUUUAAUUCCAGACAUGAUGGAUCCUUGCGGUCGCAGGGAAGUGGAUCCUUGCGGUCACAGGGGAGUGGAUCGUAUCAUUCCGGGGGAUCUUAUCAAUCUCAAGGCAGCAAGUCGUAUCAAUCACAGGGGAGCUAUCGAUCCGAGGGGAGCUAUCGAUCAGAGGGAAGUAGAUCCUUCCAGUCCAGGGGAAGUGGCUCGUAUGGAUCAAAAGGGAGUCAAUCAUACCGAUCCAGGGAUUCUUACUCGAGGCGGUCCAGCGAUAGUCGCAGGGGCAUGGAACAGCACGAGGGUGAAGCCAAUCAAGGAUCAUUCCGGUCGCAACGUUCCGAUGCAUCCGAACAAAGCCUGACACUGGAAGACGCAUUCUCCCAUGCAGGAUCCAGUGCGUCCUAUCAUUCAUCCGAAGGAAGUUACUCUGACGAGGAAGGCUCCUACUACUCUCGAUCCGAUAGAAGUGCAUACUCCGACGAACGAUCGUAUCAUUCUGGCUCGUAUUCUCGUCGCUCCGGUAGCAUGUCACGCGGAUCGGGAAGUUACAGAUCCCAAUAUAGUGACGAGCAAUCCUACCGGUCGCAGAGAUCCCAACGUUCCCAUUCAUCGAGAGACAACGGAAGCAACCAAGACCAUUCUCUCAGAUCCUUUGAUGACAAAGCUGAUGAUGAGUCCAUAAGAUCAGGAUCCAAGAGCUACUACUCUGAUGGAUCACGCUCCCAUUACAGUCAAGGUGACAGGUCAAUAAGGAGUGGGUCAAUUGGCAGCAGGAGCCAACACUCUGGCAGUGACAGGGGUGCUUCUCCCAGUGCCGCUGAGGCUGUUGUGGAGGGAGUGGCAGACGUGGUGGCUGACCAGCUGGAACUUGACCAACAAAGCAAUAGAUCCCCUGGUGAUGGCUCAGUAAGGUCUGGCUCCAAGAGCUACUACUCUGAUGGAUCACGCUCCCGAAGCUACUUUUCUGGAUCUCAGUCUCAGUACUCUCAGGGUGGCUCAAUCGAGUCUGGCUCUGUGGGCAGUCGCAGCCAUUUGUCAGGCAGUGACAGGGGUGCUUCCCCAGGUGCAGCAGAGGCUGUUGUGGAGGGUGUUGCCAAGGUGGUGGCUGACAAGCUGGAUGGAGACCAAGGAAGUGUUCUUUCGCCAAAUGAUGACUCUUUCCGAUCUGGAGACAGAAGCUACUUUUCUGGAUCUCAGUCUCAGUACUCUCAGGGUGGCUCAAUCGAGUCUGGCUCUGUGGGCUCUAUAGGUAGCGGAAGCCAGCUUUCUGGCAGUGAGGACGAUGCUCCCAAGAUUGCUAAUCAGUUGGAUGAUGCUGUGCCUGAAGCUAGGGUUUUUCAAAAACCUUUGUCCUUGGAGGUAUCUGCUUCUGUAGGUAAAAAACCAUCUGCGUCGAAAAGAGCGCAAGGUAGUGGAGGACGGCCACGGGAUAUUCCUGAUCCUGCGAAUGACGGAGACCAUUCUGGUCAUCUUUGGCAGCAAAUUAGUGCUUUGCAGGAUGCUUUGAAAGAUAAGGAUCAUGAGCUGAAAUUGGUCAAUGACAAACUUGCGCGUGUUGGCCCCGAAAAGCAAGUCUUGGAAGUGGAGUUGGCGCAGACGAAAAAGCAGGUGAAAGAGCUCUCAGGUGCAAAAAAGAAUCUGGAGGCCUCUUUGAUUGAAGCUAAGGCUGAUUUAAAGCUUAGCCAGAAGGAUGUCGAGAUAGCAAGUCAGAAGUUGUCGCAGCUUGAGAAAGCAGAAUCAGGUUCUUCGUCAUCAAGAAAAGAUCUUGAAGCUGCCCUGAUUGAUGCAAAGGCUGACAUCAUAGUACACAAGAAGGAACUCGCGAAUGCAAAUGCCAAGCUAGCUGCAUUGGAGAAGGAGAAGUCAGAAAUCUCUGCUCGGAAAAGUGCCAAGGACGAUGCCGAAAAGGAAGCACUUCGAAAGUCAGUGAAGGAUGCAGAAGACAAACUCCGAAGGGUUUCUGCAGAGCUUGCUGAGGCACGAGAAACCUCCACGAACCUCACUCAAGAGAACAGCCUUUUGUCGCAGCAAACAACCACGCUAGAGAGAAGACUUGAAAAUCUUGCUGCAGCACAAGCCAACAGCACGAAUAAUAACACACGGGACUGGCGAAAGAGUUUAGACCGCAAGACUCUGGAGGCAAUGGCCAUCGAAUCGGAUGCCAGGUUGGUGGACUACGAGGAGAGAAUCGUCGAGCAGGACUUGCAGAUCACUGAACUGACGAAGCAAAACAAGGUGCUCACUCAAAAGAUGAACAAUUUCAAGAAAGUUGCUGAAAAAAACUUCAAUACAGUGAGUGAGGCGAAGGUGCUUUUGCGUAAAUACAAGGAAGAACGCAAGAAGCAGUUGGAACUGAAGGCGAACCUCAUGAGCUCCUUGAAAGAGCACAAGAUCAAAGUGAAAAUUGCAGAGAGGGACAUGCCAAAGCUCAAGGAGGCUGUCGGCUUGCGCAAUGCCAAGAUUGCAGAAUUACAAGCACAACUAAAGGCAAUCAACAAAAAUCACGAGACUGUGAAGGAGUCACUGGCGAAGACUGAGGAAGAGAGUAAAAGGCUGGAAUCUACAAACAAAACGUUGGAGAAGUCACUACAGGAUGCCAGAACGGAGCUUCAGGCGGCCAGCAGCAAAAAGCCUUCUUCGGAGGAUUCCAGUGAGUUACAGGCUCGAAUUGUUGACCUGGAAGAUGACCUUGAUGUAGUUUUGGAGGAGCUGGAAGAGGCACGAGGGGCAACAAAGCCAAUGGAGGAAUCGUUGAGCCAGAAAGAAGAUGAGAUUCGGCGUCUCAAUGACCUGAUUGAAGAUCUCGAGACGAACUCAGGUCCAAGCAGCGGCAAGGGCAAUGACAAACAGCUAAAGUCCGAGAAUGAUCGGUUAGUCCACAAAGUGAAACAGCUUGAGCGAGAAACGGCGCAAUUGGAGAAAGAUCGCAAGGCUGCUGUGAUGUCGAAGGAUCUGUACGAGGGAUUUUGGAAAGAUGCACAACAAAAGCUCAUCGCGGAACGGAACAAGAAGCCAAAAAAGAAGAAGAAGGAAACGAAGCAAGUCAAGAAGCCCAAGCGGAGAGCUUAG